AUGUCCAUCUUCAAAUUUGAAACAAUACAACUUAUGGUUAAUAUAGUCAAAUCCGAAUACUAUCUACUCUGGGGAAAACGGGAGGUAGAUGAAAAAAUAAUUGAUAAACUUAGUACAAUAUCCGAUUUAUUUUCGAUAGCUUAUUUAGCAGUACUCAUUUGGUCAAUUUACAAUGGUUUAUCCGGAAUCAAAAAAGAUCCUGAUGUUAAAAGAAAUUUUUUAAUUUCUGCUACAUUAGUAGUUUUAAUUGCAUUUAUAAAUUUUCUUAAACUUUUGGUCUCUCUUCUUAAACAAUUUUGUUGUAAUUUUGAUCCACCUCCUUAUUCUUCUUCUGCUUAA